AUGGAGAUACCUGUGUACGUAUUGACAUCAACAGUGGAAGCAGCAGGGCAAAAAGGUCGAAAAGCACUUCGGGCAGCGAGAGGCGUGUGCGGCGGCGGCGGCGGCGGCGGCGGCGGCAGGGGUGUCGAAGAGCAGGCGGUGAGCCAUGGCAAGUCCACGUGUUGGGACGGGAGGCGCGCGGGCGCACGGCCGCUCGGCUCCUCGGGGCUCGGACUGGCGCUGUGGCCGCACCGGCGCUGGCCGUGGCUGCCGCAGCGCGGCCGCCCGAGCGAUCGAUGGCCGUCUGCGCAGACGCACGGCGCGAGGCGGGCGCGGGCACGCGCACGGGCACCGUUAUGUUACCCACAAGAAGUAGAAGUAUUCUGUACACAAGUCAGGACACUGUCUUCUGGUAGUCAAAUUCAAAAGUUCGAUUGUUGCUACCAAAGGAGGAACAUUCCUGCUGACCAGAUCCUUUGA